AUGGCUAUUCAAUGUGGAUAUCAGCAGGCCCAGGCAGAUCACAACCUUUUUACCAAAAGCAAUGGAACUGAGUUUACAGCCCUGAUAGUGUAUGUUUAUGAUAUAGUAUUGGCUGGUAAUUGUUUGCAUGAAAUUCAUACUAUUAAGCAGGCCUUGAACUCUAUUUUUCACAUUAAGGAUUUAGGGCCUCUUAAGUAUUUCUUGGGUCUGGAAGUCAGCAUAUCAGAUGCUGGGAUUUCUAUUUGCCAACAGAAGUAUUGCUUAGAUUUGUUAUCCGAAUCCGGUAUGUUGGGGUGCAAGCCAUCUACUACUCCAAUGGAUUCCUCACUUCGUCUUCAUCAAGAUUCAAGUGCUGCAAUGCCUGAUCCUCUUUCUUACAGACGUCUGAUUGGUCGUUUAUUAUACCUCACAAGCACUCGUCUAGACAUUUCUUUUUUGGUCCAAAAAUUAAGUCAAUUUAUGGCCAACCCAACCCAAAUUCACUUCCAGGCUACGAUGUGUGUUCUUAAAUAUCUUAAAGGUUAUCCCAGCAAAGGCCUCCUUUUUAGGCGUGAUUCUUCGGUUCAUAUUCUGGGUUUUAGUGACGCAGAUUGGGCUACCUGCACUAAUUCUCGUCGAUCUGUUAUGGGAUAUUGCCUUUUCAUUGGCAGUUCUUUGGUCUCUUGGAAAACCAAGAAACAACAUACUCAACCUAUCCUCUAUUGUGAUAAUCAAAGCGCGCUUCAUAUUGCUGCUAAUCCAGUUUUUCAUGAGCGUACCAAACAUUUGGAAAUUGAUUAUUAUCUUGUCCACGAGAAAGCCCAAACAGGAUGCCAAUGGGCAUUCCGAAGGUAUUUGGUGUUCAUGGAAAUGAGAGGAUUGGACUAUGGGGGUUCUUAG